UGGUCGAUAUUGGAGGAGAAGCCGGGGAGAGCUGCAGUGAACAGGCCCUCUCCUGGCUUACACCUCUCCACACACUCCAUCACCUCAGGGCAUUCAGUGUAGCUCCACCUCCUCCUGAGGUCUACAGAGAGUGCUCGCUGAUAUCUAACACACCCUGCAGCCAUUAUUCCAGUGUGAAAGUCACAAACACACACACGCACAAAUCUACUACUCCAAGCAAACAUACAAAAAGGCCCUUCCUCUUUAAAUACAUUACACUCCCCAGUAGAAUCAUGCUGAGCAAGGAGAUCUUCCAGAGGCUGAGGUUGCCAGAUCUGGAUGAUGUUCGUCAGUACGUCAGGAGCGUCCCUGCCCCCGUGCUGGUUAGUGUGGGGGCAGUUGCUGCUGCGACCGCAUACUACCUGGCAACACGCCCCAAGGCACUCCCAUCAGUCUGUGACCUCCACAUGCAGUCAGUUGAGGUUCCGGGCGGAGAUUUUGCACGCAGAUCAACUCUUCUGAACGGAGCUGCUCACUUGUCUCAUGUGUACGAUGACGGCAGGACGAUGUACGAGUUCUUCCUCAGAGGAGCCCGAGUCUCCAAUAAUGGUGCCUGUUUGGGCUCCAGGAAACCAAAACAGCCCUAUGAAUGGAUCUCAUAUGGAGAGGUCAAGGAGCGAGCAGAGAAUCUGGGUUCCGCAUUUGUUCACAAAGGACACUCCAAGACCACCGACCCCCACAUCGGCAUCUUCUCUCAGAACAGACCCGAGUGGACCAUCACUGAGCUGGCCUGUUACACAUAUUCACUGGUGUCAGUCCCUCUGUAUGACACCCUGGGAAGAGAGGCCAUUGCCUACAUUAUGGACAAAGCGUCCAUCUACACGAUUGUGUGUGACGUGGUAGAAAAAGUCAACCUAGUACUUGACUGUGCCAAGAACAGGAAACACACUGUUAAAACCAUCGUUCUAAUGGAGACGCCGAGUCCCGACCUGGUCAGCAGGGGGCGACAGGCUGGAAUCCACAUCCUCAGUCUGCAAGAGAUGGAGGCUAUUGGGAAAGCCAACCAUCACCAACCAGUGCCUCCGCAGCCUGACGACAUGGCAGUCAUCUGCUUUACCAGCGGAACAACAGGAGAUCCAAAGGGAGCUAUGUUGACACACAGAAAUAUUGUGUCCAACUGCUCAUCCUUCAUCAAAUUGACAGAGUCAUACUGUCAGACCACCUCGGAGGAUGUGAUGCUGUCUUAUCUGCCUCUUGCCCACAUGUUUGAGAGGGUGGUGGAGGGAGUGAUGUUAGUCCAUGGAGCCAGGAUCGGCUUUUUCCAGGGAGACAUUCGUCGGCUGACAGACGACCUGAACACACUGAAACCGACUGUGUUUCCUGCGGUGCCCCGAGUCCUCAACAGAAUGUAUGAUAAGAUCUUUGGCAAGGCUAACACCACUUUGGAGCGCUGGCUGCUGGGGUUUGCCUACAGGAGAAAGGAGGCAGAGCUGAAGCAAGGCAUCGUGAGGAGAGACAGUAUCUGGGAUCGACUAAUCUUCAGGAAGGUCCAGGACAGCCUUGGUGGUCGUGUUCGUCUCAUGUUCACAGGAGCCGCUCCCAUCUCUCCUGUUGUUCUCACUUUCCUCAGAGCUGCAAUAGGCUGUCAGUUCUAUGAAGGCUAUGGACAAACCGAGUGCACUGCUGGCUGCACAAUGAACAUCCCAGGAGACUGGAGCGCGGGUCAUGUUGGAGCUCCUCUGCCCUGUAACUCAAUCAAACUUGUGGAUGUGCCUGAGAUGAACUAUCUGGCGGUAAACGGAGAGGGCGAGGUGUGUGUGAAGGGUACCAAUGUGUUCAAGGGCUAUCUGAAGGACCCAGUGAAGACAGCAGAGACUAUUGAUGCAGAUGGAUGGGUUCACACAGGAGACGUUGGAAAAUGGCUUCCAAAUGGUACACUGAAGAUUGUGGACAGGAAGAAGCACAUCUUUAAGCUGGCACAGGGGGAGUACAUUGCUCCUGAAAAGAUCGAAACUAUCUACCUGAGGAGUGAUGCAGUGGCACAGGUCUUUGUGCAUGGAGACAGCCUGCAGGCAUGUCUGGUAGCAGUGGUGGUCCCCGACCAUGACUUCCUAUCUGGCUGGACCAAGAAGACAUUGGGCCUGGAGGGCAACUACCAGGAUCUAUGUGGCAGAGCGGAUGUGAAAGCAGCCAUCUUGGAGGACAUGGUGCGGCUGGGAAAGGAAGGAGGCCUCAAGUCCUUUGAGCAGGUGAGGGCCACCUACAUCCACACCGAGCUGUUCUCAAUCGAGAACGGCCUUCUCACUCCAACGAUGAAGGCCAAGAGGAACGAACUGCGGCAACACUUCAGACCCCAGAUAGAAGAGCUGUACGCUGGGAUCACAAUGUAGAAGGAGCGGGGAGACAACUGAACCAAGAGCUCCUCCAAACUUGUUUUCCGAUGGACAGCAAAGGAAAAAGGGGGAUCGGAGAAGGACAAGGAGGGGGACAAGCUGACGCACACAAGGAAGUAAAAGAAGAGAGUCAUCCACCUGCUCAGUCCUCAGUAACAAGUUAAACAACAGGAAGAGGGUGUCAUGUAGCUUUUAAUGAAACUUGACUCAGAGCAUUCUGAACAGAAACGCACAAAAACUUUGAGGAACAGAGUAGAUUUUAUCUUUAAAAUAAACGAGGCCACUGAUUGAAGGGCUUUGCCGAAGUUAUGUUCAGUUUUCGUCUCCAAUGAUGCAUUUUAAAGGGAAACAGUUCUUCACUGUGGCAUCAGAUAUCUCAGGAAUUCUGUGGCAUGAACCACACAUAGCACCUCACACACACACAGACUCUCACACACACACACACACACACACACACAUUCACACACUUUCUAACUUAAAGGAUGAAGAGGGAACACUUCACUGAGGGUCAGAGUGAUGACUUAUGUCACACAAACACCCUGACACAACAUGAACAUUUCAGGGGUUUUGACAGUUGUUGUCAGAUUGUAUUUCACCAUUUAAGUUUGUUCAAUUGGAGUUGAAAUCCACAUUGGAUGCAUGGAUUAUAACAGUUUUGUUCUUAAGUAUGAGCCAUAUUGAAACUGCACAAACAAACUUAGCUGUUCACGGAGCACAGACACACUCAGGGCGAUAUUUGUAAUUUAUCUAUGUUUAUAACAGGAACAGAGGAGAUGCGUGGAGUCAGGAGUGUCAUAAAAAAGAACAAAUCUGAGAGAAUAGGGAAAUAAAUAUUAGAAAUAAUUAAAAGAAGUAAAUAAGAAUGUUAAAACAAAGAGAAAUUAUACAAUAAUUAAAUGAACAAAUUAGAAACAAAUAAUUACAAGCAUUUUCACAUUUAUAUUUUAAUUAAUAUCUUUUGAAAAAGCAUUGCUUUAUUUUUGCAUAUAAAUGACACUUUCUGUAAAUAUUUUUAGAGAUUUUACUUAUUUGUAUCCUUUUUUACCUUAAUGCAAAAACAAUGGGGAUAUAGAACAAGGGAAAGUAAAGGGAUAAGAGGACAUAAUAUGAAGUUGGUUAAAUAAAUGAGUAAUCAAUAGAUAUAUUUUUAGACUUAAAUAAUUAGAACUGGAAGGAAAUUAAAUAUUUUUAAUAUUUAGUUGUAAUACACAUUGUGCAUUUAUUUAUUAUUUUAUGUAUUUUCCCAUUAAACCUCUUAUUUCACAGAUUUUUUUUUCAUGGCACUGACUCCAUUUCUUGAAUUGUUACAUGUAACUUAUGUUACGUUGAAAAGACACAUUUCUUAAUUUUACUUGCAAUCUCAGUGUAAUGAUCUUGAAAGUUUAUGAUGAAUUUAAUGGAAGUACUUUUAACAGUGUCUCACUAACUGACCUAACUGUUUUUACGAUCAUCUUGGACUUGUUUUGCAAAACUUGAAUAAAAAAUAAUUUUAAAUA